AUGUCGUCCUCCCACGGCGAGGGAAUCUACACGAUGGACAAGUCUGGCGCUGCCUGGCUUUUGGCCAGGCAGGUGGCCGAUGACUUUCUUAGGACAAACAGGACGACCUUCAACAACUCUACGAGGAGUAGGACGAACACUCAGAUGCUGAUCCAGGAACUCCGAUUCGCAUCCGCCAAAUCGAUACGAACCUCGACGAUAACCUUGGCCGUCUUCAACACGAUUGCGGCCUUUGCGACGGUAUUGGGUAUCCUAUGGGAGAGUUACUCGCGAGAGAGGAGGACGAAGGGCUACUCGAUCAGACGCGAUGGGCUCAACUUUGUGGCAGGGGCAGACGUCUAUCCUCUCUUUCUCUCCUUGGGUAUUUUGAUUCAAGGCAUCAUAUUCGCCGUGGCCCAAUCCAGUGGUCUCGAGAAUAUCUUCACACCAGGAUGUACUCAGAUCGCCCAGUCCAUGCUACCUGCUUUGCUUCUUGUGCCCGUGAUCCAGUUUGUAUUUGGGCUGGAGGUCAUGUUCCGCGGCGUCAGAAGCCAACCGUUCCCGAAGCGAGGGCCAUGGGCUGUGAGGUUGUGCUUGAUUCUCAUCGGGCUUUUGACGCUGGGUGCCUUUGUCGUGGCCAUCGUUGCCAAGUCGCCCGAUUUCUGCUAUGCCUCUCUGUUUUGGUUUGUGUCUCGCUACUCGCUGGGUAUUUUCGUCAUACUGUUGAUUAUCACGGUCCUCCUCUUUGGUGCCACCGUGAUCACCUUUAUGCGACUGAGCCGAAACUCCGGUAUUGAUGCCACUGAACGGAUGGGUGCAUCUAGGAUGGUCUUUUACCUGGCCCUGGCCAUCAUCUCCAAUGCUCUCGUUCUUCCUUUCUUCCAGCAGCUGGCCUUUGAGGACCAGCGCUCUACUAGUUUUUCCGGCCUGCCGCUUACUCUGUCCAUUGUCGCUUCGGUUGUCACAGAGGUUUCAGGUCUUAUGACUGGAAGUCUUUACUUGUUCCUCAGGUCUAACACCAUGUCCGCCAUCGGCUCUAAAUUGAGCGAAAAGGAGGACACCGGGCGGAAGUGCUUCAAGAACUCUAUCCAGGUUCGGGGAACCGAUGACGACCAGGACGACUCUGGCAUUACCUCGCCCAAUGGAUUACGUCGUAUGGAUAGUGACGCGAGCAUAAUCAGCCGCUACACCAAGGACGAGGAGGCUGGCAACAUGCGCUCCAACCAGACAUACGCGAACCCGCUGCCCUCGGACGAUGACUUCCCGAAACCGCCCGAACCAUCCUACGCUACCCGAACGUCACGACGUUUCAAGGCGUCUUCUAUUUUCUCAGCGAUGCGACCGCUAUCCACGAGAUCCAACAACGCUCCCCUGCUUCCCGCGACUACUUAUUCUCCUAAUGCGCCUGUCACCAACAGCAACUCUACUGCGGUCAAGCCCCACCGCUUCGAUUUCUCGGCACUGAAACCGCCACCAUCGAUGAAGAACUUCGGGCCUAGUCGUCACAGGCGAGACUCGUCCAUCGCUUCGCAUCUUACUGUGCAGCUUGGACUGCGACUUUCCAACGUGGAGGACAUUAGAGGGCAAGGGCCACCAAGGGAUUCGUGCACUGCGGUCUUCACCGUGGUUGAUGACACCGGGGGAUCAAGGAACCCGACGCAGCAGCAGGCCCUGGCUCCGCAGCAGCAAAGGCAUGUACCGAAACCGAGUCCCUUGGCUCAAGCCAUCACCAUAACGGCCGACGAUGACGACGUCGACGAGGUCUCCCUUGACAACAUCAAGCCCACCGAGCCGACAGAUAUCCUGCUACCAGCCAAGGCGAUGGUGCCUGACGCAAGCCCCGUCGAUUUAUUGGACAAGUUCGAGACCAAGCCGCUCGAGACUUUGAGCCCCGCGGUUUACAGUCCAGCCGGGUCUUCGCCCAAGAUGGUCAGCCCGCGUGGUGUCGGCUUCACCUCCCCGCCGAUCUCGAGAUUCAACAGUCAAUCGACGCAGCGGAGUGCUAGCCAGAGGAGCACCGCCAGCAAGAGGAGUGAUAGCAAAAGAGGCCCGCCGCCACGCAAGCCCUCGACUGCCAGCCGUACCCCACCUCCGAAGUCCGACAAGGGCAGCGAGUGGAUCUAA